UACUCUCCCAAUUGCCGCUAUGAUGUGACUCGUAAUUCAUAACAAACAACAGGUCAACCCAAUGUCUAGCUCUACACAAUUCUCUCCAGUUACUCAACAAUUAUAUCCGAAAAAAUCAAACCAAUCCUACAUAUCAAACUUCAAAUGUCUGAAAUUAAUACCUGUCUUCCCAAUAUCUGUAAAUUGUUCAAAUAUUCAUUUAAAAUUCAGAGCUAGAGCUGAGGUUUUGGAAAAUAACCGUGAAGAAAGUUCUGUACAAGAUCUUGAUAAUUCACCAGCUUCUGUUGAGCUACAACCCAUUUCUAGUGAAGCUCAAUUUGAUCGGGUCAUUUCUGAAGCCCAGCAAAUUGAUGAAUCCGUUGUAAUUCUAUGGGUUGAGCUUAAGCCGAGGCUUCCGAAAACCGCCUCUCUACUUCCACGAGGUAGGCGUAAGGUCUGCGUACACACUAUCCUCCCCAGACCCCACUUGUGGGAUUAUACUGGGAUGGCAACCUGGUGUCGCAAAUGCAUAUACUUGAAACCAAAAUUGGAAAAAUUAGCUGCUGACUACUUCCCAAGAACACGCUUUUACUGUGUUGAUGUCAAUAAUGUUCCACACAAGCUUGUGGUUCGUGCAGGAAUAACUAAAAUGCCGACCAUACAGUUAUGGAGGGACGGAAAUAAACAAGCGGAAGUAAUUGGAGGUCACAAAGCAUAUUUAGUCGUUACUGAGGUUCGCGAUAUGAUAGAAAAUGAAGAUAAUAAUUUAUAACUUGAAGGCAUAUCCAAAACUUGCAGAAUUCAUGUAUCCUGUUUUGUUCUGGUCCCAUAUUAUUCCCAGUUCUGUACAAAUUUUCAAGAUGCCAUUCAAUAAAUUGUUAUUCUUCACAUGUACACUUGAAAGGAUAACCAUACACAGAUACUGACUUUUUGUCUCAACAUUAAAAGAGAAAGGUGUUUCUUUUUUUUCA